GCCCAUGCCAGAGCCGGCCACCAUAUGAGGGUAUGCUGUCUUUCUGGCCGGCGCGGACGCCCACAAUCGCCGCCUUGUUGCUGGGCUGGCUGACGUUGGCGCAAUGCAUGUCGCAUGCUGCCAUUGAAGACCUCAAACGGGAAACUACCGACAUCUUCUACCAUGGCUACGAAAACUACAUGCGCCAUGCUUUCCCCGAGGACGAGCUUCGCCCCUUGUCCUGCACCCCUCUGACCCGCGAUCGCGCCAAUCCCGCCCACAUCGAGGUCAACGACGUGCUCGGGAACUACUCCCUAACCCUGAUCGACAGCCUCUCCACCCUAGCUAUCCUCGCCUCUUCUCCGCCAGACCCCACGGGGCGCAAAAGGCCCCUCGAGGAUUUUCAGAACGGCAUAGAGCUGUUAGUGGAGCAUUAUGGAGACGGGACCGAAGGCCCAGGGGGUGAAGGCAAAAGAGCUAGAGGCUUUGACCUGGAUAGCAAGGUCCAGGUCUUUGAGACAGUGAUCCGUGGCGUUGGCGGCCUGCUAAGCGCUCACUUGUUCGCCGUGGGAGACCUUCCCAUCAAUGGUUACAAGCCGGAGGUCAAAUUUACCGAAGAUGGCAAUGAGGAAAUCACUUGGCCAAGUGGAUUCGUAUACGAUGGACAGCUGCUUCGCCUGGCUUACGACUUGGCCAAUCGAAUCCUCCCGGCAUUCCACACGGCGACCGGUCUCCCCUACCCGCGCGUCAACCUCCGCUCGGGGAUUCCUUUCUAUGUCAAUUCGCCACUGAACGCAGAUUCCGAGCACGGACAAUGCUACCGGUCAUCCAACGCGCCUCCUGAGAUUACGGAGACGUGCAGUGCCGGUGCUGGCAGUCUGGUGUUGGAAUUCUCGACCCUGAGUAGGCUCACCGGUGACGAUCGGUUCGAAAAGGCCGCGAAACGAGCGUUUUGGGCAGUCUGGUCGAGGCGCAGUAUCUCUGGACUGAUCGGUUCGGGUAUUGAUGCCGAGACUGGACAAUGGGUCAGCCCUUACACUGGUAUUGGAGCUGGUAUAGACAGCUUUUUCGAAUAUGCUUUCAAAUCUCAUAUCCUUCUUUCGGGUUUGCCGUAUGAAGCGGCAAACGAGAGCAUCGACUCUCCCGAGGCUUUUCUUAUGACUUGGCAGGAUGCUCAUGCUGGCAUCAGCAGGCACAUUUAUCGCGGUGCCAUGCAUCAGCAUCCGCACUACAUCCAGGUUGAUCUUUAUACUGGUGCUAUGAGGGCCUUUUGGAUCGACAGUCUUAGCGCAUACUACCCAGGACUAUUGACUAUGGCUGGAGAGCUUGACGAGGCGAUAGAAACUCACCUGUUGUAUACGGCGCUCUGGACCCGCUACUCGGCACUUCCGGAGAGAUGGUCGACUGCCACUGGCAACAUCGAGCAAGGACUUCGGUGGUGGGGUGGACGACCAGAAUUCAUUGAGUCUAGCUGGUACUUGUAUCGCGCCACGAAAGACCCAUGGUACCUACACGUCGGUGAAAUGACUCUGCGGGAUAUCAAGCGGCGCUGCUGGACAAAAUGUGGAUGGGCUGGCUUGCAAGACGUCCGAACUGGUGAGUUGAGUGACCGUAUGGAGAGCUUCUUCCUAGGGGAAACUGCGAAGUACCUCUUCUUGCUCUUCGACAGCGGUCACCCAUUGAACCACAUAGAUGCGCCUUGGGUCUUUACCACCGAAGGGCACCCGCUCAUCAUUCCGGACAAGCUCCGUCGCAAGAACAACCUCAAGCCUCGUAGACAGAACAAGGACCAGGAGGAAUUCGACUUUAUCAACGACUCGGUGUGCCCACUCCCACCACCCCACGUCCCUUUUAGCAUAUCGGCUACCGCGGCGAGGUCUGACAUCUUCCAUGCCGCGAGCCUGGCCCGGUUGCACCUGAUGCCAAACAGGGAAACGAUGGACUCGCCCUUGGUGGAAUUCAACGUCGACCACCCUAGCAUAUCUGUAGCAGAUCUGAAGUCACCGUCCAAUUACACGUACUACCCGUGGACUCUUCCGCCCUCGCUAAUUCCUUAUAAUGCUACGAGCUCAAGAAUGGUGGCUCGCACGACGUUCGAUCUGUCGUUCCCAAAUCUCCCCAACAACAACAUGCUCAGCACUGGUUCACUGCAGCGUAUCGGCGGUGGUGUCUUGGUCAACUCAAUGAGUGGUUUGCGAUUGGGCAUGGUCCGCGAGCCAGAAGAUGUACCAGCGAUGGAUGAAUCGACCGGCAACUCUUUCCGCAUCUACGCUGUGUCGAACGUUGCUUUGGGGAGAGACGAAAAGGUCUUCAUGUCGCGAGACAUCGUCACCAGUUUCAACCCGGCGGACCCAUACUUCACACGCACGAGGGAUCUUAGCAUGUUGGAUUUAUUUCUAGAUAUCCCGGAGCCUGUGGGCAAGCCUGGCUCCUCCGAACCCGACUACGAAGAUGAGCACAACGACACAUUCGACGACCUUGCUGUCAACACCGACACCAUCUCGAUCCUCGACCUCUCCGACGACAUCGACCUCAACCUCGCAGCCAACGACCCUAGCCUCAUCUCCUCGCUCCUCUCAAACCUUCAAGCCAUGCUCACGGAAACGCUCGAGCCGCUAACCCGGCCUUCCUCGAAGCCCCCACGACGAAAGGAUGACGCAUCACGGCCACGGAUCCGACGCGUGCAGCUCUCAGCCGCACUAAGCACAGGGCCAGGCUCCGCCCCGCUGCCCAACAGUGCGGACGGCAGUUGGGCGCGAGACAGCGCGUCGGCGUCCGCCGUGGCAGACACGCCGCACCUGCCGUGGCGCAGCAUCUACAUGGGCGACGACAAUUGCGGCACGAAGCUGCCCGCGAGCGUGCCACGCGACCACCAGGUCCUGGUGCUGCGGCGCGGCGGGUGCAGCUUCAGCCAGAAGCUGCAGAACAUUCCGGCGCAUGCGCCCGCGCCCGGCUCGCUGAAACUCGUCAUUGUGGUGUCGUUCCCGGAGCACGAGGGGCUGGCGCACGGGCAGCUGGUGCAGCCGCAUCUGGAGCGCGUGCAGGAGCUCGCCGACGGCGUGCCCCGGCCGCAUCCGAUUCCGCUAGUUAUGGUUUCUGGGGGCGAGGAGACGUGGGCGUUGUUGCGAAGGGGGGCGGGAGUGGGGGCGCGUAGGCGGUGGUGGUUUGAGAGCCAGGGGCUGAGGAUCGGUAAUUUGAUUGUUGUUUAGGAGGGAUGGUGAGGGUGGGUUUGGGAUCAAGAGGCGGCUGCACACGCUUGUGGCGGGUUUUCGCGCGCUUUCCUCUCUCUCGUUGUUGCGCGCGCCCUUGGAUAGGGCUGUGUGGGUGGAAUGGGGGUUGUAUUUGUCUUUUUGGUGUUUGGGUGGGGGUGUAGAUGAGUAUAUAUGUGGAUCAAUGGAUGGAUGAAUGGAUACACGUG